UGCCCCUGGUAACUGCUCUGUGUCCGUGAGUAGUUGUCGGUGUCGUCUUUGGGUACUGUGUUUAGAAAAGCAUCAAAUCUCUCCUUUUUACAGCACAAAGACUCCAAACAAUUAUCGACACAUCAACGCAUAACGUUUCAAAGUGAACACAGUUCAACUCAGUAGGAGACGGGAGGAAAUGGGAUAUUUGAACUAAAUUUGCAAGGAUCUUCCCACACCUCCGCUAUCUUGUCAUCUUUGCUAAUAUUGCUCACAAAUGUAUGUCCCAAGCCAAGGUUCCAGCAUUUGAGCACACUCGAACGAUUCCGUGAACAUCUAGGAAACCAGAUGUCUGUUCCUGCAAGACCUAACCCUCCAGUUGUUGGCAAAGUUACUCACAGCUCAAUAGAACUAUACUGGGAGCCACCAACGAUCAUUGGAGCCGCAAAGUCUGAUGGACGACUUCAGUACUCAGUAGAGGAGGGGGAGCGCACCAAGGGUUUUGGCAAAGUGUACUCUGGUUUCUCAACCAGUAAUGUGUUUGAGGGUCUGGAACCAUCCACAGACUAUCGGUAUAGAAUACGAUGUAAAAACGAUGCAGGAAACAGUGCAUGGAGCUCUGUCAUCACUGUGAGAACAACAAAAAAACCUAAAACCAAUGAAGACCUCCACAAGGCCGUGGCUAAAAAGGAUGUGCAGGCCGUGAUCAAAGUGUUGGAAGAGUUUGGCCCAAGAUGGCAGCUCAUAGAUUCUCCUGACAAGUUUGGUCUCUCUCCUCUGAUGGUUGCUUCCCAAAAGGGUUAUGUGGAUAUUGUGAAAGCUCUCCUGGAGAGAAAUGCAGAUGUGAAUUAUCAAAACAUCAGUGGGAAAACUGCCAUGAUGAUGGCUUGCUUCUCAGGUCAGCUUGAGGUUGCCAAGCUGUUGCAGCAGCAAGGUGCUGGAUGGAACACCAUAGAUCACACAGGAUCCAUGGCCCUGCACUGGGCGGUAGACGGGGGAAAUCUGGACGUCAUACGAUGGAUGUUCACCGAGGGCUGUGCAGUGGACAUCAAAGAUAAAACCUCAGGGUGGACACCACUGAUGCGUGUGGCAGCAGUAAAUGGUAACAUCAACAUUGCCAAGUUACUCAUCCACCAUGGUGCCAAUGUCAACAGCCAAGACAAGGACGGCAAGACUAUUCUUAUGAAUGCUGUCCUCAAUGGCUUUGAGCCUCUUGUUAAACUCCUGGUAAAGAAAGGAGCUUUUGUCCAGCAUAAGACUCUGCACGGAAAGACAGCACUGGACUUUGCACGAGCGUUUGACCAUGAGCGCAUCGUCAGCUUUUUGCAGCAGUACCUUGAUGAGCAGAAGCAGGCAGAUAAGCAGCGACAAGUGGAGGAAGUCCGUGAGAAAAGCAAAAGUGAGGUGGAUGGGGAAGAGAAGGAAAACGUGUCAACUCAAGCAUCUAUGAAUGGCUAUUAAAAAAAACUAAAGUUUGGUUCGCACUAUGAUGCAAACGCACGCCCAGCAUAUUAUUUCCCAAUUCUCACUGGAAUACAAGUGCAAUAAUAGUAAUCACAAAAGAAAAUAACAGCUGGAUUUUCUUGCCCUUGUCUUUGAAUGAUUCUCACUUGUGUUGUGCUCGCCUUUGCACCCUAUUGAAAACCAACUUUGACAGUUUAAGUUGAGUUUGGAAUUAUUUUUAUAAUUAUAAUUGUUGUAUAUGUUAUUUGAAUAUUGAAACAUACAUUUUUAUAGAUCCUGAAAGGUGCUCAGAUAUCAGCAUUGUCUAGGAUUGCUUCAGCAUAGUGUUGAAGGGACUUACUGAAUGCAUAAUUUCAAACCAAAUGGAAUUUAAUAAAAGAAACCAUCUUGCUGAGCUUAAAAAGCUGUCAUCUUUGUGUCAUUGGUUGUAACAAAACAAAUUGAAACUGUUGGAAUUUUUGCUGAGUUCCAAAUAUUGGGAACUGGUUUAAAGUUCUCCAUUACUCUUUAUUGUAUGGUGUAGAUACAAAUUGUACAUUCUUGCAUAUUAUGCUAAAAAUAUUGAAUUUGUUCAGUGGUUAGAGUAUAAUGACACAUGUUUAGAUGUAAAGAUUUCCUUUUGAAGGCAGGGAGCUACUUAUUCUUGUCAUUGUUUGUAUAACAAAAUGUUUCUAUGCUCUCAUUAAAUAUACUAUGGAUUUAUGA